AACUUCCUCUAAUUAGAAGCGCUGCGAACGCAAAACUAGCCUGUGCAGGCUACGCUGUGGGAGCCUUCGUUCUGCAGCAAUACCUCUCUGGAGAAACCCACUGAUUGAAGUAAACUGUUUUUAUUUAAGAAACAUAAAGUGAAACUUUAGAAGAAGAUUGAAUCAUCAUGCAAUUGAUCUUUUGAACUAAGUAUCAUUUCGCACUGCUUCUUGCGCCACACUGAAACAACCCGGAAAAAACAGAUUGUUUGCCAGAAAAAAAAAAAAGAUGGCGAAUUGGAGGAGGAUUUUUCUGAAGAGGACAGCAGGGAUCCAGUGCCAGACGACAUGAAAGCAGAGCUCCACGAUCAUCAACUGUUAAUGGCUGCAGUUAAACCUUUCCACAAACACCACAGGAAGGAAGACGAUCAGCUAGCUGAAGCAGAGGAUAAUGACGAAGAGACUCAAUUUGAAAGAAAACACCAAAUAAUUAGGAAAAAUGACAUGUUCUUCCAUUUUCUCAUUCUCUGCUUUGCUCUGGGAUCAGCUUUGGUCGCACACAAUGACAUUUUUGUAGCAGCUGGUCUUGGUUUGCUUUCAUUUUCUUUAAUAGAAAUUGUUGGAUUGUACUUUAAUUUAGUCGGUCGAAUUCGAAUUGUCUUUGAGUAUUUCCUUCCACUGUUUGAAAGACUCAGAAUGCCUGUGCCGGGUAAGAGAUCAGCUGUCUUCAUCAUAGUUUAUAGUUUCACUAGACUCUUCAGUGGUGAAAUGAGUUUCUAACACACUGCACUACAGCAUACUGAUCAAUUACAUUUUUGCACAUACUGUAGAGGGAUAGAACUGUUUCUAAUCUCUUUGUUUUUUUCCCCCCAAAGUAGCUUUGGCUAAGGAGGAUUAAGAAUCACCUGCCGACAGCUCAACACCUUAAAAAUGUGGAUGCUUGUUUAGCAGAAGGGACUAUCAGCAGUGGGGGUUUCACUGUGUAAUGAACUUGCUGUGUUUUUUGUUUGUUUCCCUGUUUUAGUUUUAUACUGUGGGUGCUGCUCUUAUUUCACAGUCAGAUAAUUCAGGGUUAGGCUACUC